ACUUGACCAUCAAAUCGAAUGGACGUGUGAAAAAAUCAUACGAUAAUAGAAAGUCACUGCGAGAAUUCAUUCGCUGCGAAUCGGGGUUUGUGCGCGCAAAAAUAUCUUACAAAACAAUUGACAGAAAACAUUUAAUCACACCCACAAUGUUAAGAAUUAGCUGAGAUAGAUGGUGAAACGAAAAAACACCUUCCGCCAUUACCUUUACCAACAAUCCAACACCAGUGAUAAACAAUUUACCGGCACCCGAGAUGAAACGGGAGUACUAAUACACAACAUUAUAUACAUAAAUAAAUUUCGAAAAAUAAGCAAAGUUACACGUGUUACAAAAAAAUAGAUAAGAGCAUUUUGUUAAUGACUAAAACAAGAGAGCUACGCGCACAAACCGAAUAACGCAACAGAAGCAACGGAAAACACAGCUAAACAAAUAAUAAAUCAAAAAAUUAGUGAUUCUUACAUUUAAGCAUGCAGUCGAAACUUACAAAAACAAAUUUUUAAACAAAAAUGUUUCAUCAUCUAGUCGAAUCAUGAAUUUAAUUAAGCAGCAACUAUGAAAACGCAGUGCUUUUCAUAUUAAAACAUACAUACUACAUAGUACAUAGGAUGUAGAUUUAUAAUUUGUAAAAAUAUCAAACAAACACAAAAUUCGCAAAUGGUCUAAACAGCGGCAACAUAUUUCGGAUAAGCGUAAAUCAAAAAAUUAACAAAAAACAAAAAAAAAAACAAGACAGUCAUUUCACAAGUCAAAUAUGAUAAAUCUCUAAAAUAAUCUCUACCGAUCUCUCCAAGCAAGUGAUGAGCUAAAUUAAAUGCAUUCCCGCACAGCACACCAUUGAAAGCCUCAUCAUUGCAAGUACGCGCACAUACAUACAUACAAACACUUACCAAAAGCCCAUCCAAAAAUCGAUGUCUUGCAAAAAACGGCAGCAACAAAAACCACUAUUAUCAUAUCAUCAAUACCACAGCGACAAAAGUGUUGCCGUCAGACAAAAAGCUUGCAACAAAGAUCGCGGUGGGCGAGCGCACACAAUCAACCAUUACCGGCAAAGAUAGUGAUCAUCAAAAGUCGUAUUAUAAUCGUUUAAAUUUAAGUUUUCCAUACCAAAGAUGGCGCACAAUCAUAGAGACAGAGAUAUUCACAACUACAACCAAAACCAUAAUCGCAACGUUGAAAAUCUUAAUCAAAAUCCAGCAGCACGCGGCGCACCUGAAUAUUUCGAAAAUCUCUUCUUGAAUGGAAAUUUCGCAGCCAAUGAAGAUGAGGAAAUGCUGGAUGUAGCCGCGGCGGCGGCGGCAUUGGCACAGCACAACAACAACUUAGCCAAUAACGCCAAUGAUGAACCCUACUGUUGGGUAUUUGGUUAUGGUUCGCUAUGCUGGUAUCCCGGCUUCGAAUAUUCCAAAUGCAUAACGGGCUAUAUAAAGGGUUUCGUGCGGCGUUUCUGGCAGGGUAACACCACACAUCGUGGCACUGAAGAUAAGCCCGGUCGCGUUGCAACACUCAUUGAAGACAAAGAGGUGAGUGAAAUUAAUGGCAUCACCUGGGGUUGUGCUUAUAAAAUUACCGGCAGCACAGCGUUGGACUAUCUCAAACAACGCGAAUGCACGCUAGGCGGUUACGUAAUCCUCGAAACAAAGUUCUUCCCGCGUGUCGCUUCCUUUGAUACACCAUUCAGCGGCGAAGCCGUUCCUGUUUUAGUGUACGUUGCAACUUCUGAGAAUUGCCACUGGCUCGGCGAAGACACGCAUGAUAAUAUAGCCGAACAGAUUGUGGAGUGCCGUGGACCAAGCGGCCAUAAUGUAGAGUAUUUGUUG